CCAGCGAUUAUUUCUUACUGGCAAAAAUCACAGGAAGGCAUGCUACAGAAGCUCCAUGCAGAGGAGAAAGUGAUAGUUGCUGACUCCCCAGGCCACUCUGCAAAGUUCGGAAGCUAUACUACGAUGGACCUGAAGAACAACAAAGUCGUUGACCUCCAGUUGGUUCAGAGCAAUGAGGUUGGUGGAAGCUACCACAUGGAGUUAGAGGGCCUGAAAAGGAGUCUGGAGUUGUUAAAGGAACGUGGUGUGACUCUGGACUGUAUUGUCACGGACAGACAUCUGCAAAUUCAGAAAUUCCUAAGGGAAAGCAGCAUCACCCAAUUCUUUGAUGUGUGGCACAUAGAAAAAGGGAUUUCUAAGCAACUGGAGAAGGCUGCAAAAAAGAAGGACUGCGAAAAACUUCGAGGGUGGGUGAAGAGUAUAAGAAACCACAUAUACUGGACUGCAGCAACCUCCACCACCGGGCCUGAGAGAGUAGCCAAAUGGACUUCCAUCCUGAACCACGUGCAGGAUAUCCACUCUCAUGAUGACCCCCUGUUCCCCAAGUGCCUUCAUCCACUGCGCAUUGCGCAAUACCAAUGGAUGGCUGCAGGAACGCCGGCCUUUCACAAGCUGGAGACAAUUCUCUCAACCAAGAGGAUUUUGAAAGCUGUGGCCAAACUCAGCCCACACCACCAGACUUAAUCUUUGGAGUCAUUCCAUGCCGUCAUCCUACGCUUUGCUCCAAAGAAUGUUGUGUUUCCAUUUCUUGGAAUGUUGUGCAGGUAAAAUAAACCAUAGUUACUUACUAAUUAGUGACAAUUUGUACAUUCUUUGCUAUUAUUUACUUUUUUUUCCCUCAUGGCGGAAAUGAAAGACUG